GCGCGAUCUGAAACUGAGCCGUUUUAUAGCAUUGCUUGUUUUGCAAGAAGAUUCACAAAAGCACGAAGAUCUCUCGCUCCGUCUGAUACUCGUUCAGGAGUUUUGUUCAAUCUAAAUCUAAUCGAUCCAUCAUGUUUCUCACCAGGACUGAGUAUGAUCGUGGGGUCAACACAUUUUCUCCGGAGGGAAGAUUGUUCCAGGUGGAAUAUGCUAUUGAGGCCAUCAAGUUGGGUUCAACUGCAAUUGGGUUAAAGACAAAAGAUGGUGUCGUUCUGGCUGUCGAGAAGCGUAUUACUUCACCACUGUUGGAACCCAGCAGUGUUGAGAAGAUUAUGGAAAUUGAUGAGCAUAUAGGAUGUGCUAUGAGUGGGUUGAUUGCUGAUGCACGUACGCUUGUUGAACAUGCACGAGUUGAGACUCAGAACCAUAGAUUCUCAUAUGGUGAGCCAAUGACUGUAGAGUCCACAACACAAGCUCUUUGUGAUCUGGCCCUUCGAUUUGGGGAAGGAGAUGAAGAAUCCAUGUCCCGACCAUUUGGGGUGUCUCUUCUCAUUGCUGGUCAUGAUGAGAAUGGGCCUAGCUUAUACUAUACUGAUCCCUCUGGCACAUUUUGGCAAUGCAAUGCAAAAGCUAUAGGUUCAGGUUCUGAAGGUGCAGACAGCUCUUUGCAAGAGCAAUACAACAAGGACCUAACUCUUCAAGAGGCCGAAACAAUUGCUCUCUCCAUUUUAAAGCAAGUAAUGGAAGAAAAGGUGACUCCCAACAAUGUUGAUAUUGCCAAGGUAGCACCAACAUACCAUCUAUACACUCCUUCAGAGGUGGAAGCCGUCGUUACUCGCCUAUGAGAAUGCUUUGUUGUAAACAAGUUGUAAACAAUCUUUUCAUGCAACAACUGUCUUUCCUGUCAUAACGAUGCAUGUGUUGAGGGAGAGACUUGUAUUUGUUUCUGGGGAUUCAAGCUGUGAAACCUUAUUUUUGGUGUGCCACUAAACUCAUCUACUUUUCAUUUGGAUAAUUUGAUUACACAUAAUCAGAAAAAAAAACCUUUUAAUUGGA